CACCAACAGGUAUAUUCUAGCCCCUCUUCGCCCCCCUUUCCCUGGAAAGGUCAUCCUUUUGCUUCCAUUUCGUACCCAUAGGCACGACUUCUUCUGGCCCCCUGCAAUGUCAAAGUUCCAUUUGCAGAUGGGGUUACGAGCAGAAAAGUGGACUUCAGCGGCACUGCUCCUCCCACUUCCCACUCGCACCAACUCCCACUGCCAUGACCAGUGAUAGAAAAGCAGGUACGACUCCUUGAGAAGCAGAACCGCCGUACGGUACGCAGCGAGGCGCCAUGUGCUGUUGGUGGUACCUGAAUAGAUCAGCACCCUUACCCAGUCUCACCCGCAUCUCGGAGCCACAGCCAGGGUAAUUUUCUAGUGCAUUUCCCCUGCAGCAGUCACCAGCAGAGGUACUGCAUCCUGUAUCCCUUCAAGACACUGAAAAUUGUGCGAAUUAUCUGCAAUACACUUCCCGCAGCGCAAUUAAAAGUCCUAUGAUGUGUGGACAAAAGAAGCGACAAGAGUUAAUUUCCUCGAGUUUGAUUAGAAGUUGAUGUUGGACAAAAGAAAGUGCGAAGUAGGGAUCCAUGGGCCCUUGUUCCUACCAAAAGACUGCAUCUUCCUUUGUCGGUAGCAGUUUCUGUUGCCUGUGUCUUCUUUAUGUCUUCAGUCGGCUACUAGCGCCAUUUACACAUUCAUACCCCUGCUAUCAGUUGGUGAAAGGGAAGGUAACAGGGAUGUGUUGCUGGGUAAUACUGCCACCACCUAUCCACUGCCUCUGCCCUCCUGUGUCGGCGCCAGUCAGUAUCAAAAUAUAAGUGUCGCCCCUCCCCACCUUGCUAUUGUCUUCCUCUUUUGACCUCAACACCACACUUCUUCCCUUCUGGUUUGCAUUCGCAAUGCUGUGAUAGACGCUCAUUUGUUCCUCCCUUCCCUUCCCAUUCAUUACCAUCUGUUGAUACAGAUUCCACACUCCUUUUCCAUUCAAAAUCCAACGAGUCAAGCACUCGCGUUUUCCAAUCACCACACCAGCUUGGACAGCAACCCAAUCACCAGCACUAGCAAAUUGCAACCAACAUACUCGCAGAACAAAGACCUUCUUUACAUCAAACACUUCUCUGAACUUCGUCGAUCCUUCUGCCACACAAAAGUUCAAUCAUGUACUUCUCCAAGAUAUCAGUUGUUGCAGCUCUUGCCACAUCUGCAACCGCCUAUACAGCCAACAAGCGUUCUUUCGCAGUCAACCACUUUUAUGGAAAGGGCCCUCUCGUUGAGGGUCGUAUGGAUCCUAUCAUCAACCCAGGGGUAGCUUCAGGACACGUUCACACUGUUCAAGGUGGUAACAAGUUCUCCUUGACCAUGUCUGACACUGACGCCAUGGAGUCAACAUGUACUUCAUCUCUGGUCAAGAACGACAAGAGCAACUACUGGACCCCUUCAUUAUACUUCAAGGAUCCUGCUACUGGAGCUCUAGAAAAGGUCGAGUUGUUCUACAUGAACGUGUACUACUUGUAAGUUGGCCAGGCUUAUCUAAUUCGAUCUAUCGCUAACACCUUCCAGUUUUGAGGCUACCACAGACAAGAUCAAGGCUUUCCCAGUUGGGCAACGUAUGGUAGUAGGAAAUGCUGCUGCUAGAACCCCGCCAGCCACAGGUGGUAACCUCAUUCUCGAUAAAUCUCAAGGAACCCCUCAAGCCGUUCAAUGGACCUGCCCACGAUCAAACACCAACCAGCCAUUGUACCCAGCAAACUCGGAUGGUCUUCAUGGUGUUGGUAUUGGAGAUACAAACAACAAGGGUGCAGGUGUCGGCUUCUCGGACAAGAACUGCGAUGGAUAUGCUUCCCCUCUCCGAGCUGAUAUCCAUUUCCCAUCUUGUUAUAACCCUGCCGCCGGUGUUGGCAACUACAAGGAGAACUCCGACUGGCCUACAAACGGGAACUGCCCUGAGGGAUGGGUCCACACUCCUCACUUGUUCUACGAGGUCUACUGGAACACACCUAAGUUUGCCAGCAGAUGGACUCCAGGCCAAGGCAAGCAGCCUUUCGUCCUCUCCAACGGCGAUCCAACUGGUUACGGUCUCCACGCUGAUUUCAUUUCCGGAUGGGACGUUCCAACUCUUCAACAGAUCAUUGAUAACUGUGAUGCCGGUGAUUCUGGUAUGGAUAAGUGCCCUGGCUUGAUCGGUGGCCUCAAUGACGAUAGAACCACUUGCAACAUUCCAUCCGCUAUCCAAGAAACCAUCAGUGGUACCUUGACUGCUCUCCCAGGCAACAACCCAAUCGGAGAGUGGGGUGUCGCCGCUCCUGGAGGGGCUCCAGCACCAGGUUCCAUGGCACCAGCACCAUCAUCCGCGGCUCCUAAGCCUUCAAGCUCAGCAUCCAAGCCAGCCCCAACAAGCGCUGCUGGACCUGUUGUACCCGUUGUUUCGACCAAGCAAGCAGCAAUCUCUACUCAGGAACCAGUCCCUACCGUCAUUGCCCCUUCAUCUGGAUCUCCGGACACGUAUGUUACUACCACAAUUAUUAUGGGUACAACAACAAUUGACUCAUCUAAUAGUGCUGCACCUGCCAAACCAACUUCCCCGCCAUCCACCCCAUCCACUCCCUCCACUGGUGGUAACGCUGUCGGCAACGGGUUCACAUACAAGGGCUGCUAUAAGGAUGGCGUCAACGCAGAUCGUGUCCUAGCCCAACUUCAAUUUGCAGACAUCGGCCAGAAGAAAGUUUCAAACACCAAGUGCGUCGCAUACUGCGCGUCCAAGGGCUACAGUCUCGCAGGCACCGAGUUCGGUGGCCAGUGUUUCUGUAGUGACACUUUGGCAAAGGAGAAUAAGCUGGAAGAAUCUGCUUGCAAUGUUCCUUGCGAGGGUGACUCCCAGGAAACUUGUGGUGGAUCACUAGCUUUGAGUGUCUAUUCCAGCUCAGCUGCUAGCAAGAUCAAGCGCAGCGUUCGUGCUAGACAUCUCGCCAGACAUCUGUCUCAUUAGAUGCUGAUCAUUUCUCUUCUACAUGUUGAUUCUUAUUACAUAUGACAUUUGAC